CUUUUUUUUUUUCUGUAUUUUUGACAUUUCUUUAUAGUGAAAGUGAGUGUUCUGAUUCACCAGCACCAAAUGACAAAGUGAUUUUUACCACUACCACUGCUACUACUACUACCAUUGCCAUUACAACUACCACUACUACUACUGGCACAGUACUACUAUUACUAUUACUCCAUCAACCAUGUAAACUGCGUUUCAUAACAAUGAAUUUUAGUCGUUUGUUCCCUUCUUUCACUAUGUCAUCUUUAUAAUCUCUGAAUUUUCUAUGAAGGGUCUCUCUAGAUAGACCAUGCUGGUUUUUUUGGUUGGUGCUUGAAGCAGGAGUGGUGUUUGAGUCAAACCCAUCUAGGAUAUAUCUAGAGAUUCUCUGAGGGAGCGUUUUCCAAAGAAAGAGUCUGAUUUAAGUUCUGGGAAAUGAAGAGCCAAGAUUUGAUAGCAGCAAGUUACCGACAUCUGGCCUCGUUGAGUUGUUGACUGGUGAGAGAGAGAGAGAGAGAGAGAGAGAGAGAGAGAGAGAGUUUUAAAAGAUUUUCAACUAAAAAAUUCAUGCUUGAAUAUGGCUACUGGGCUUCAAAACGAGGAGGGGUUGCCACAGCUAAAUAACUUCAAGAAACAGCUUGCUCUUGCUGUGAGAAGUAUCCAGUGGAGUUAUGCUAUCUUCUGGUCCAUUUCAUCCACACAACCAGGGGUCUUGGAGUGGGGUGAUGGCUAUUACAAUGGAGAUAUUAAGACAAGAAAAACAAUACAAGCCAUGGAACUUAAUGCUGAUCAAAUGGGUUUUCAAAGGAGUGAGCAAUUGAGAGAGCUUUAUGAGUCACUCUCUGCAGGUGAAACCAGUCCACAAGCCAAAAGGCCCUCUGCAGCAUUAUCUCCUGAAGACUUAUCUGAGGCCGAGUGGUACUACCUGGUUUGCAUGUCAUUUGUCUUUAAUAUUGGCCAAGGGUUGCCAGGAAGAACAUUAGCAAAUGGUCAACCUAUCUGGCUAUACAAUGCUCACUAUGCUGAAAGUAAAGUAUUUGGCCGCUCUCUUCUUGCAAAGAGUGCAUCAAUUCAGACUGUGGUAUGCUUUCCAAUAACAGGAGGCGUGAUCGAGCUGGGCACAACUGAUCUGGUUCGAGAGGACCAUGCUAUCAUUCAGCGUGUUAAAAUGUCAAUUUCGGACACUCCACACCCUUUAGCUUCUUCUAAGAAGUCAAACUUUAGAGCAGGAAGCAUAAGAAAUGGCCAAGGUUUUGCAUGUGCUAUGCUUGAUUAUGAUUUUCUCAACAACAACUCAAUCCCAGUUGUAAUUCAUGGAGAGGAAAAUUUGUCUUCUCCUAGUAGCAGCUCAAAUGGGUUGGAACCAAAUCAACCAGGUGAUGAUUCUUUGAUGGUGGAGGGAAUAAAUGGGGCUGCUUCCCAAGUACAAAGCUGGCAAAUCAUGGAUGAUGAGUUAAGUAAUUGUGUCCUUCAUUCUUUGGACUCAAGUGACUGUAUAUCUCAGACUCUAGUAAAUCAUGAAAGGGUUGAACCUGAUCCCAUAUAUGAAUUGGUAGAUGAACAUCCAUUACAAGACCUUCAAGACUGCAAUCACAUAAAAAUGUCCCCAUUGGAUCUGCAAACCAAAGAUUUACACUAUCAGGGUGUUCUUUCAACGGUCUUAAAGAGCUCACACCAAUUGAUUUUAGGGACUCACCAUGAGAAAUUUCAUCACGAAUCCAGCUUUGUCAGUUGGAAGAAAGGAAUGUUCCAUAAACUUCUAAAACCAAGAGGAACACCACAGAACUUAGUAAAGAAGAUCUUAUAUGAAGUUCCGCAGAUGCAUCUUAACCGCACCAUUGACUCCCUAGAAGAUAAUAGCAUUGGAAGUGGGGUUUGGAGACCUGAGGCUGAUGAGAUUGGCAUGAACCAUGCAAUAGCAGAACGAAAGCGAAGAGAAAGACUAAAUGAAAAAUUUUCUAUUCUAAAAGGGAUGGUCCCUUCUCUAAGCAAGGAGGACAAAGUGUCUAUACUUGAUGAUGCUAUACAAUACUUAAAAGAGCUUGAAAAAAGGGUUGAGGAGUUGGAAUCUAGCAAGGAUUCAACUGAUGUAGAACCAAGAACAACAAAGAGAAAACCCCAAGAUGCCAGAGAGGGAACAUCUGACAACUAUAGAAAAAAGAAAAUUAGUAGUGGGACGAAACAAUUGAUGAACAAAAGGAAGGUUUGUGACAUAAAUGACGUUGAGCCAGAGAAAAAUCAUUAUGUUUCAAAGGAAUGUUCAGUUGAUAAUGUAGCUGUCAAUAUGAAGAACAAAGAUGUCAUAAUUGAGAUCAGAUGUCCUUGGAGGGAGGGAGUGCUGCUAGAAAUCAUGGAUACAUUGAGCAAUCUCCAAUUAGAUUCUCACUCAGUUCAGUCAUCCACUAUGGAUGGUGUCAUUUCCUUGACAAUCAAAUCUAUGAUUAAGGGAUCAAGUUCUUCAACAGCAGCAACAAUCAAGAAAGCACUUCAGAAAAUUGCUUGGACAUGAUGAAGCUUUUUUUUCAGUGAUAUUGAGAGAGAAGAGGAUCUCAUUUUGAGAACCCAUGUGCCUCUUUUGUUGUACAAUUGUGACAUGAAAAUGGUUUUGUAGAUUGUUGGUGUAAGAAAUACAACUUUGAGGAUUUCUUCAGCUGUUAGUGUCUAAUAAAGAGAAUAAACUUGCUUCAAUACAA